CCUCAUCCUCAACAGACAUUGCCAUGAUUAGACUGCAGCUUGAUUUACAAUUGCAUAGUCCUAAAAAAGUCUGCACAGCCACCCAAACUGCUGAAGGCUUUAGUGCAGUUAACCUGGAAGAGUGGAAGUUUUUUUGAAAUGUCAAAUAUAAUCUGCGCAUAACAUCCACAUAUCAUUAACCCAAGAGGAACUCUAUUAGAUGAAUUUUGUGCUCUCUGGUUUCCUAAUCAAAUCUCAGCUUGAUACUUCUCCACAUUGCAACUCCACCGUAGGAAAUCAACACUACUAUGAUGGGCAUUUCCAACAGUGUCGAAGAUUAACACAAGCUGUUUAAAGCAACGGUGUUUGUAGGUGGGUAGGGCAGAAUGUCUGCAUCGAAACUCCCAAACUGCUUUGAUAUUUUAAGUUCCAGUUAAAUGUUGCAAGUCUAACAUUACCUGACAUGACAGUUGCUCACUGUCAGCAUUAUUUUCUGACUCUUUCCUCUGCGCUAAAACAAGCUAAAUGUUGGUAGACACGCGUACAAAACUUUUGCUUAAAGCGCCUCAUUAGCUUUCUCCGCUGCUGUUAGCUAACUCAUGUGACAGUUAGCCAAAUCAGUGGGGGCUCAGCUAGCGCGAAAUGAAAGUUAGCCUCAUUCACACAUACUGCGCUCAUGAACAGGUCGUCCCCUUCGUCGUCUUCAUCACUGUCUCGGCCUCCGACGUCCUCAGGGUCCAGCACAUCUUGGUCCUCGGAGUCGGGGAACGGGGGAGGACUGCGUUCGGAGCUGGUCGCCAUCUUCAAUCUUCUCUUUUUUUUUUUAUAAACACACAAGGGGAGGCAACGUCAACGGCUCCCCUCUCUGCUCGGCGCAGAUAUACGUGUCUCCUUCAGCUGCCAACGUUAACUUUACCUGCGCUGUUCAAGAAGCAGUAAUAGCUCACCUGAAGACCGCACAACUGAAACCAAACACACCGACUGACUGGAAGAGGGACGUUCAGGAGCUGCAAACCGCUGCUGUGUUUUUACUUCCUGGUCCUCCUUCUUGCUGCUGGCAGGUUAGCUUCAGUGUUAGCUAGCCAGAGAGGCUGUGCAGUCAUGAGACUCAUGCAGCGGUUGAAACAGUAAAAUGGAAAGGGAUGAGUAGCUAACUGGACAAACCCACAGCUUACAGCACACAUUACAGACUCUGAAGAUGUCUCGUCACGUGCAUACCGGAGACGAGGAAGCGCGUGAGCCGCUUCUCACCGGUAACGAUCACCUGGAGCCACACGAGCUGGACUCAGAUGAAGGUGAAAUCAUUUUUGACAAGGCCGCAACAAACAUCAGACACAAUAGUGAUGGGAAUGCACAGAGAAGAUUAACGUACGAGGAAGCAGUAGAGGAAGCAGGUUUUGGUUUGUUCCACUGGCUGCUGUUGGUAGUGUGUGGUUGGGCCAAUGCCAGUGAUGCCGUGGAGAUUCUCUGUGUGUCUUUCCUUCUGCCAACCGCGCGCUGCGAUCUGCUGCUGAGCUCUUCGGACAUGGGCCUGCUGACUGCCAGCAUUUUCCUUGGAAUGAUGGUGGGUGGCUACAUGUGGGGAUACUUGGCUGACCGGAGGGGGCGUCGCAGGGUCUUGGUGGUGUCCCUGACAGUCAACGGGCUGUUUGGAGGUCUAGCCAGCGUGGCUCCGUGGUUCUGGCUCUUCCUGCUGCUACGGUUCAUCAGCGGCAUCGGGGUCGGCGGGUCUAUUCCUGUUAUCUUCUCCUACUUCUCAGAGUUUAUGCCCCGUCUCAGGAGAGGUGCAAUGAUCAGCGCUCUGGCAACCUUCUGGAUGGCAGGAAACAUCGUGGCUGCAGGUCUGGCCUGGUUGGUGAUUCCAAGAACCUGGGCACGCUUUUCUCUGGGAUCACUAGACUUCCAGAGCUGGAGACUGUUUGUGGUCCUGUGCUCUGUUCCCAGCCUCACCUCAGCCCUCCUCUUUAGGCUGCUCAUGCCCGAAAGCCCCAAGUUCCUCAUGGAGGCUGCCCGGGAGAAGGAGGCGAUUCAUGUCUUCAAAGCGAUGUUUGAGCUGAACAUGUGGGGAAAAGGAAAGGAUUUCCCAGAAUUUGGUUUACGCACUAGCUCCAAGCAAAGAGGGGAAUCAGAGGAGACCAGAACUCAGGGUUCACGUGGAGAGACACUUGGCUGUAUUUUGAAAAAGGCCUUGGUGCCCAUUAAACAAAUGUUUAACGGUCAGUUCAAAUCCAGGAGCAUCGUGCUGCUCAUUGUCUUCUACUGCAUUUCAUUUGGUUAUUAUGGGCUGUGGAUGUGGUUCCCGGAGCUGUUUGAGAGAAUUGAGGACGGUGGCUCGCCAUGUGCCAACGUGUCCCUCCUGUCUCCACUCCCCAACCAAAGCUGCUACCCAGUCAAAACAGCAGUGUAUAUGGAGGGCUUCGUCAUCGCUGCCUCCAACUUACCUGGAAACAUCUUCACCAUUCUUAUGAUGGACAGCACGGGAGGAAAGGCACUUCUGUCUUGCAGCCUGCUGGUGUCCAGUCUGAGCGUCAUGCUCAUCUAUUUGGUCAAGACCAAAGCCCAGAGCCUGGCCCUCUCCUGUGUCUUCAGCGGCGUGUCAGUGAUCUCCUGGAACGCCUUGGAUGUGGUGGGGACAGAGCUCUACCCGACCCAUAUACGGUCCUCUGCUCUCGGUUUCUUCACAGGAGUGGCCCGAGUGGCAGCGAUCACGGGUAACGUGGUCUUUGGAAACUUGGUGGACACAAACUGUGCCGUACCAAUCCUGCUGGUGUCAGCUCUGCUGCUGACUGGAGGACUGGUGUCUCUCCUGCUUCCGCAAACCAGGCAGACUGAGCUCACCUGAUGGCUCAGACUCUAAAUAACAUUCAUUUAAAUUAAUACAUGAUUAGCAAUCAUCCUUAUGAAAGGAGACUGGAGGCUGCUUUUAUGUCCCCUUUCUGCUCCUAGGGGAUUUUGGAAUCCUGUGCCUUGUCAUCUCUCUGUGCCUUUUAUGGUGCCUCAUUUAAAAUACCAACAAGAGAAAUUGUGAAAAGACAGUGGGCUCUCACCACUUUCCAAGAAUUAUUAUUCAGGAAAGUGAGUAAGACGAAAGAGAAAUAUAUAUAUAUAUAUAUAUAUAUACUACAGUGUAUAUAUUGUGAGCUUGUGAGGAUUAAAAUCCUUACCAGAAGUGAGUCAGACUACAAACUGAGGACACCUUUAAAAAGUUUGCCAGUCUCCAAACUCUACAAAAAUCUUAUAAUUAAAAAAAAGUAGUAAUGAACACGAUGUUGAGUUUCUGGAGUAUAAUUAGUGAUUGGAUUAGGGGCUGACAUACAACUCAUUUUUAAAAAUGUUCUUGUUUAUGUCACCUUUAACUGAAAAAGAUCUCGAAGGAUGUUUCGGGCUUUUACGUGGCGUGUCUUAUUAUCUCGUUGCUCAAGAGUUUUGUGUGUGCCAUUAGUUAAAGAUAUGGCAAAAGUCAGUUUUAGUUUGUAAUUUACACAACCCUUACAGUUGUGAUUGUUUUUCAGGCCCAAAGAUAUGCACAGCCAUUGCAAUAUAUUAGCAAAUGUCUGUUCUCAAAAUAAAAUAAAAAUCACAAGUGUACUUUAAACGCCAAAUCAUGUGUACAUCUAUGCAACUGAAAAUUAUUUUCACUGCAAAAGUGAGUCAUUGUGUACCAAAUCUGUAAUUUUCUUGCUCAAACCGGACAACACCACUUUAGCCCUCCUGUGGGAGACAAGAGAUUGCUGGUCACACCUUUACAUCAGCCUGAGUGACUACAUUGCUGAUGGGCUCAUAUUCCCAUCAGUGAUUCUGUUUUCAAGUUUCAAAAUACUUUGUGACUAGUGAAGCAAUUUAUUUAAAAUAAACUACUUGUGUUCAUCUCA